AUCGCCUUCAGCGCCUUGGAUGACACCUCGCAUUCGGUGCAUGUUUAUAGCAUCAAUGGCUGCAGUCUGGGCUCCAAAUAUGUGUCCGGCCGGGUCACGGGUUUGGCCAGUGCCUCGGACUACCUGGUGGUGGCCGAUGAUGCCGGCGACAUAACCAUGAGCAGGUUACAUGGGCUGAAGCCCGUUUUUGACAUUCCGCUGCAUGUGCCCAUCCAGACGGUGGUGGUGACUCCGGGCAACACUCACAUCCUGGCGCCGCUCCGGGAUGGUCGUCUGGCCGUGAUUGCCGUGCAGCUGCCAUCCGGCGGCAACAAGAAGCAUUCCGUGCUCAAUGUUUAGACGAGUUCAGGAGCUGGACUUUCCGAAUUUUAAAACCCAAGUCACUUCUACCUAGCCUAACAUAAGUAGUCCCCCUCAGCUAGAUUUAAUUUAUGUCUUGUGAUUUGUCAUGAUUUCUAUAUAUAUUUUUUGUCUUCGUUUCUUGUCUUGUUUCCCACACUACGUGACGUGCCAAAAGCAAAGCCUUUGACCAACAUACUAUAUAUACAUAUUUCCCCGAAAGUCUUGUGACAAAGUGUGUCUAUAUAGAGAAAGAUAUUCCAUGAGCACGCCGAUCGAUUGCAUUCCCAGAAUUUUCAUUGCCAACUGAGCAGUAUUUCCCAGACAACCGGAAUACACCUGACAUUAUGUUGGAGGUGGAGGAGGAGGAGGAGGAGGAGGCCAUGAAUCCUGGGCUCCCCCACAGAAGAUUGAUGGCACACUUGUCUUCGAUUGACGAACAUCUGAGUAAUGUAAAUCAUCCGUCAUUCAAAAGCAAAGGCGAGGUGAUAUCUCUGGUUAGGGGUUUUGGAGACGGAACCGGAGCGUGGCGGUGCAAACUGGUUGCCGACGCACUCUUGGCAAACUGCUCACUGACUCACGAGCGACUUUCAAAUUGGCCCAAACAUAAAAAAAACCACAAAAAAAGCAGCAAAAAAGUCUGCCUGGCAACAGCGGCAAGGCACUUAAUGCCAACGGCAACGUGAGAUCUUGGCGGAUCUCGACGGCAUCCAGCUGCUCAAGAGUAAUCAAGAGAAACACUUUCGAUGCCACCUCCAUCUCCGCCAGCUCCUCCUCCUCCUCCUCCUCCUGCUGCUGCUGCUGCUGCAGACACAACCAAAAUAGAGUCCCGAGAUCUUUGUCCCAUUAAGUGCGCAGACACACACUCUGGUUAGAUCACAUGGUGGUGUUUCCAACUCAUUAACAUAGAGCCAUUUCCAAUUGAAAGUAUUAUCAGCACACAAUUAGAGUCCGUCCACACACACUCAGCACACACACACUCGAUGACAAAGCAAGAAGAAUUCUUCCUAGGUCUUCAAAUUUCCCAAUCUUCAGAAUCUGAAUUUCCAAAGACAAGCGACAAUAUCAAAUGGUGAAUUGAUGAUAUAUAUUUUUGACUCGCACUUCGCCUAUAUGGUUAUAUAGAGUAGGGAUGUAGAGGAACCUCGCUUUUGAAUACACACAGCGCACAAUCCAGACUAUCCUCCUUUUUUUGAACGAAGCAAUCUAUCCAAUAUCUUACUCACCAGCAAUAUAAAUAAAUUAGUCUAUAUAUCAUCAAUGUACGUAAAAGAGUCCCCGAUCGAGUUCGUUAUUUGUUGUUAAGAUUGUAAUGUAUUGCGCGUAUUUAUCGUAAAAUGUUUUUCGCCGUUCAAUGUACGUAACUGUACGAGUUUAUGUAGAUAAUGUGACUAUCUGUAGUUUAUAGAUCUGAUAUAUAUAUAAUAAAGUA